AUGCUCUUCUCGCUCUUGGCCCGGCUGCCCUUGUCUGUCAAAGUAUGGGCAAUCCAACAGAUUGCGUUCCACGUGGUCGGACUAGGGUUUGAGUAUUUGGACAAUACAAACGCUCUCAGGAAAGUCAGAGCCCGAGAGACAGACACCAGGCCGUAUAAACGAUUGCUUCCCAAAGUCCUCUUGAACCAAUGUCUCGUCCUUCUGCCUUGCAUGGCGUUUUGCGAGUGGGCUGGACUUUGCUUCACGCACAAGGGCUACAUCUCGACAGGGCGUGCGCUUCUAUCACUGCCGGUUCUCGCCAUUGGACAUGAUGUUGUCCAGUACAUCACGCAUAGAUACUUGUUGCACCAGCCAAACUUGAAGCUGAUGCGUAUGCUGCGCCACUCAGUCCACCAUUCGACGACGGCCGCCAAAGGAAUCAGCGCGUGUUACAUGUCGGCUCCUGAUUUUUUCCUCGAGAUUGUUCUGCCCUACCUAGUACCGCUGGCGCUUGUUGGUGGCGGUGGUGCUGACCUGCGUUUCCACUCGCUGGUGGUUGCUUCUGGCGCUUUUGGUGGCAUCUACGAGCACUCAGGCUACGAUCUUGCUUUGGCAUUCCAGAACGUUCCACAGGAGAAAGGAGAUGCAUGGUAUUGGAAAUUCCUCGCCUCUGUGAUAGCCGACAUAGUCAGCACUCGUGCCCACCACGAGCACCACUCGAGGGGCCAAGUGUCGUUCUCUGAUGGCUUUGGCAGCCCGGGACUCUGCGAUACCAUCUUUUCCACGCGCUGGGACAUGGUCCCCAAACAUCGCGAGGAGAUCGAGCGCGAGUGGCGAUCGCAAAGCGAGCAGCAGACCGCAAAUCUCAAGUACAUGUAG